CUGUCUGAUUGUGGAGGGGAUUCGACUUUUUCCAGCUGGUGGAUCAUAAUAUGUCAAGACGAAAACAGACCAACCCUUUCAAAGUGAAUUGGCCGUUUCACACGACAGGCUUCUCUGGCCCACAAACCGUGUUGGAGAUGGAGGCUAAAGACGACUUUGCUGAAGACCCUGCAUGCCACAGCAGCAACUGCCAAGAUCUCGACGAGCAAGAUGACAUAACUGAUGAUAGUGACAGCGACUUGGACAAAGAGGACUCUUCAAACUCUUCAGCUGAUGACAGUAUGGCAUGUGAUAAGAGCAGCCAGUGCUUAGUUUUCAACGGAGAAAUGAAGCAGGAAAGCGAGUUUGACAGUGACAUGGGGAAUAAUUACGUGUGUCCCCUUUGCAAUUUGGAGUUCAGCGGCACCGAGCAACUCAUUGCACACGUCUACCAGCACACUUCGACUGUGGGCGACAGCAGGAGUUACGUGUGCCCGGUAUGUGGGCGUGCUCUCAGCUCGCCAGGCUCACUGGGACGCCACCUCCUCAUUCAUUCCGAUGACCGACUGUCCAACUGUGCGGUGUGUGGCGCACACUUCAAUAACACCAACAACAUUAACAGGGAAAAGCUGCAAGAGUUCCUCACUCACAGUGACAUGGAGUGCCCAAGUCAAGACCAAGCCUGCUCAGUGGCACAGUCCAUCUCUGAUAACCAGAUGUCCAUCCAAAGGGUGAAUCAUGGCUCCAGCCCUGGUGCUUCCUUACCUCCACUUCCAGAGAACCUUGUAUCCUCUGGCCCCUCUUAUCCAGACCCCUUAAACCCACUACCUGACUUGUUAAACCCCAUGCCCGUGUACCCAGCGGACGUGUUACUGGUGUGCAACAACUGCACGGCCUUCCAGCAGCUGGCAGGCACACAGUCGUCCUCGAUGGGAAAGUGGGCGAUGCGCCGCAGGAACGAGCCAUCGGAGGUGCGGGUCCAGAGACUGGAGCGCGAGCGGGUGGCCAAGAAGACCAAGCGUGAUCGGGAGUCCCCGGGGGAGCGCGAAAUGCGACGGCUGCGCGACCGCGAGGCCAAGCGCAUACAACGGCUGCAGGAGACGCAGGAGCAGCGGGCGCGUCGGCUGCAGCGGGACCGCGAGGCCAUGCGGCUCAAGCGUGCCACGGAGACGCCCGAAAGGAGACAGGCCCGCCUCGUGCGCGAGCGCGAGGCCAAGCGCCUUAAAAGACGCCUCGAGAAGAUCGAGCCAGAGUUGCGGGCGCAGAUCGAACACGAUCCCGCCGCCGUGGCCGCGCUCAGCUCCGACGUCAAUAUGUUCCCCUUUCCCUACACCAUGCCUGUUUCAUCUGUAGACAAUGGGCUGUUUAUGAAACUGCCUUAAUAAUACAAUACAGGGGUUAGUUGGCGCUCAAACCUUGGGCAGAAUCAGACUGUUCCCGAAGAUUUUGAGGAAAUGUUUCUGAGGAUGUCACUGACAAACUCUACAUUUAUUUAUAUAAAAAAUUC